UCAGAGCAGGUUUUUACGUUGAAAGUCAAGACCAGAAGUUAUAAGUCCAACUCGUGCUAGCUUAACUGUUUGUCCGACUUUACACGUUUCAAGCGGAGUUCAGGUCUUAAACAUUUGGCCAACUUCUUUACCUCUCCACUUCUUCGUUCACAUAUUUGAACUGAGAUACAUUUUCCCCGGUCUGCCUUGGAGAAGUAACAACUCAUGGAAUAUCUAAACGUUGUGGCACGUUUACAUUUUUGACACUUUCUGGGCUUAUUCCUUUCACCCCCCUCAGUUGACGCGCUCCCAGGACAGGAGAGUUUUCUGGUUUGUAACUUUAUUUUUUUUUGUGUUCCUCGUCGGAUUUUUGGAGGGCACAUGCGAUGUCACGGACUAUUAAAAGAAGAAAGAAAUGUUUGUGUUUAGUUUUGUGUUUUCCGUAAUAAGGUGUUUGAUGAGUUUAUUUGUUUAAACCAGUUGAGCAACUGGCGACAGGACUCUAUAAUCAAUGUGGUGUCAGCUGGAAGGACGCGGGGUCCGGAUCUCACCUAAACGCUGAUACGUCUUGGGAGUGAUGCACUGGCUUCCCCUGGUUGCCAUGGUGAUUGCCUCGGCCCUGCCCUUCCCUCACAACCCCGUGUCCAGGAUUGCUGCCGCGACGACAGAGCCGGGCUUUGAAGACCGCAGAGAGCACCCGGCCGCUCGCCUCGCAGCGCCCCCUGUGGACUACAACUUCCACGGAAAUGCCUCACAAACGGACUACAACAUGGCUACUGCUCUUAGCCAACACAGCAACCGACAACCCCUCCAGUUCCGUAAGGAUUAUGUGAAAUCCUCCGCAGAUGAAGAGACUUCCACGUUCAAAGUGGAGAAUCAAGGAACCUACCAAUCAAAUAGCAACUCAGGCAGCGAUGACAAAAUCAGUGUGGAUGCUCCCACGGAAGGAGGAACGCUCAGGACCGAGGAUAUUCCCCAGGAUAAUUCUCUACCAAAGGACUACAAAGCUGACCGCAGCAGCAGGCGAGAUUACUCCAGUUUUGUGGACUUUUCCAAGGACAAUAUUCAGGACUCCACAGAAAGACUGUUGCGGGUUUCUACAGCGGAAACCCUUAUUGCCGUCAGUCCUGCUGCUGAUCUAAGGGAUCACAGAGGACCAGAACCAACUGUUCCCUCGGAGAAGCUGAGAGAUGCGCCUACAGUCGGGACAGGGAGCACGUGGACGCCGGGGGCUGCGAGAGGUCUAGCUCAGGAGAGCUUGGACCUGGAGGCAGGGCUGGGUCUGGAGACCGGGCUGGACACUAUCUUAGAAGGAGACGAGAUGUUUCUGGACGCACAUCCGCGAGUCCUGUUCUCUCCCUCGCCGUCGCCUCCAGAGCACCCGCCUCUCCUGCUCAUGUUGGAGAGCGGCCUGCUGGAGGAGGACAGGGACCGGGAGGAUCAGGACGACGUGGACGGACACAUCGAGGGUCACGGGGACCGGGCCAUCGACAGGAGCACCACUCUGAGCUGGGCUGAGGUCGCCCGUCCUGUUAAAAGGGAUAAACGCUCGCACUUGAUCGACCGAAGGAGAGGGGAGAAGUCGGUGUGCGAGGCGGAAAGUGUUUGGGUUACCGACAAGAAGACCGCCAUCGACUCCCACGGUCAGAAGGUCACCAUCUUGCAGGAGAUCCAGACCCAGACGGGACCGCUCAAACAGUACUUCUAUGAGACUCGCUGUCGCGAGGCCGAGCAGCUCAGCAACACCGGCAGGCCGAGGGCCGGCGCGCCUCCGAAAUCUGUCGGGACAGGCGUAGCCGGGGCCGGCUGCUUUGGCGUGGAUACAAAACAGUGGUUGAGCGAGUGCAAAGCCAAGCAGUCGUACGUCCGAGCGCUCACCAAAGACGUUAACAACAGAACCGGAUGGAGGUGGAUCCGCAUCGACUCGUCCUGCGUGUGCGUGCUGCUGUCCAGAGUCAACCAGGCGCUGGGGAGGGAGGUCUUGACGAGGAAGGGGAGAGGCUGAGAGAGAGAGUGAGAGAGAAGAGAGAUGGCAAGAAGUAGAAAGUGACACAGAGCAGAGCAGCUGUGACAUCCUUCUGUGUGCACUUCCUUAAACAUGAUGGAUUUGGUUAUUUCUCUCUCUU